AUGGCAGACCUCCUGGAGCCCACCUACUGGUGCCGCCUGGCGGCGGCGGCCGGCGCCGGGCUGCACUGUGACAACGCGGCGGCCAAGGCGGCGGCCGCCCCCGUGAAGCUGCCGCGCGCCCGCAAAGCCGACCUGCGGCGGCAGAUCGACCACGCUGGA